AUGGCCUGGAGUUAUAGGGUCAGGUUGGGUAUUAGGGAACAUUUUUUCUGAAAGAGCAGUGUUGUGCUGGAAUACAGGGCAGUGGAGUUACUGUCCCUGGAGAUGUUGAAAAGCCAUGUGGAUGAGGCAGUAAGGAACGUGUUUAGUGUGCACAGUGGGGACAGGUUGACGGAUUACACGAUCUUAAUCUUAGAGGUCUUUUCCAACCUGGAUGAUUCUACGACUGUAAGCCCAGCACAUGCUGGGAGUGAGGUGGAGGCUCACGGCACAACCCCCCGCGGCAUGGCGGGCUGUCCAGGCGCACUCCCGCAGCCCUCCCGGGGGCGGCGCGGCGGACUACAAAUCCCGGCAUGCCCUGCGCGGCCGGGCGGGAGCGACGAAGCGCGCGUGCGCCGCCAGACGUGGCAGCGGCAGCCGCAGCCCGCAGCGCCGUGCUCGGCGAUGGCUGUGCCGGGGCAGCGUGCGGGAGCUGCGCGGUGCUGCGGACGGUUCCCGCUGCUGUUGCUCGGACUGACGGCAUUUCUGCUGGUGUUUGGGUACUCAUUGAAAUUGUCUCCUCUCAUAGAAAAAAUAAGUGACCACAAGGAUUUUAAGAAGCUUCUCAGGACACGAAACAACGUACUAGUGCUGUAUUCCAAAUCUGCUGCGGCUGCAGAAAGCUCACUCAGGUUACUGUCUAAUGUGGCCCAGGAGGUGAAAGGACGAGGUACUAUUAGCUGGAUAGACUGUGGUGACACUGAGAGCCGAAAAUUAUGCAAGAAGAUGAAAGUAGAUCCUAAUUCAAAGGAGAAAGGAGUGGAAUUACUCCAUUAUAAGGAUGGUGCAUUUCAUACUGAAUAUAACAGAGCUGUCACGUUGAAGUCCAUUGUGGCCUUUCUCAAAGAUCCAGAAGGUGCUCCAUUGUGGGAGGAAGAUCCUGAAGCCAAAGACAUUGUGCAUGUUGACAGUGAAAAGGAAUUACGAAGGCUCCUGAAGAAGGAAGACAAACCCCUUCUGAUGAUGUUCUAUGCUCCAUGGUGUGGUGUUUGUAAGAGAAUGAUGCCGUCUUUUCAGCAGGCAGCCACAGAACUGAAGGGUAAAUAUGUUCUUGCAGGAAUGAACGUUUACUCUGCUGAAUUUGAAAGGAUAAAGGAAGAAUACAACGUCCGUGGAUAUCCUACAAUCUGCUAUUUUGAGAAAGGAAAGUUCCUGUUCCAUUUUGAGAACUACGGUGCUACUGCGGCAGAUAUAGCAGAGUGGCUGAAAAACCCACAGGCACCUCAGCCACAGGCUCCGGAGAUUCCCUGGGCAGAUGAGGAAAAUGUAGUUUAUCACCUGACCGAUGAGGACUUCGACAAGUUUGUAAAAGAUCAUUCAUCUGUCCUAGUGAUGUUCCAUGCACCAUGGUGUGGGCACUGUAAGAAAAUGAAGCCAGAAUAUGAGAAGGCUGCAGAGUUUCUCCAUGCAGGCAGUGAUAGCCCAGGUGUCCUUGCAGCAGUAGAUGCUACUGUCAACAAAGCACUGGCAGAAAGAUACCACAUCUCAGGGUUUCCUACGGUGAAGUACUUUAAGGAUGGAGAAGAGAAAUACACUCUGCCACACCUCAGAACGAAAAAGAAGAUCAUCGAUUGGCUGCAAAAUCCUGAAGCACCACCUCCACCUGAGCCUGCAUGGGAAGAAAAACAGAGCAGUGUUAUCCAUCUUGCUGGAGAAGACUUCAGGGAGUCCUUGAAGAAGAAGAAGCACACCCUUGUCAUGUUCUACGCACCGUGGUGCCCUCACUGUAAAAAUGCCAUUCCACAUUUUACAACUGCUGCCGAAGUCUUUAAAGAAGAUCGAAAGAUCGCCUACGCUGCGGUGGACUGUGCCAAAGAUCAGAAUCAUGACCUGUGCAAGCAGGAGGGAGUUGAUGGCUACCCCACCUUCAACUAUUACAACUAUGGGAAAUUUGUGGAAAAAUAUACUGGAGAGAGAGGGGAAGCCGGAUUCACCACUUUCAUGCGAACCCUUAGAGAAAGAGACCAUGAGAGAGUAGGAAAGAAGAAGGAUGAAUUGUAAUGUCUGCCUCAAAAGAAGCUUUCCGCUGCACUGUGAAUGGUUCCAGGUCUUUUGUUAAUGCACCUGAGACUUCACACGUUCUCAAGACAGAGACUUUUUUUUAUAAACAGCCAUGGCCAUUUUGUACAAUUUUGAAAUAAAGUGAAACCACUUGAUUUUUAAAAGGAAAAAAAAAUUAGAAUGUUGCCAUAAUGUUUUAAAGAAAAACUUAGCAUUUUCUCUCAUGUUGCGAGAGUAUGCCCACUGACACUCCUAUGCAAUAUUUUUGUAGUCUAUAGUGUGUCUGUAGGUGUUUGAUAAGGUGGUUUUUUUUAAGGGUAUUGCAGUACAUGUUUAACAAAACAGCAAUGAGGGGGGAGGGAGGAGAUGACACUUUAAAAAGAAAAACAAAAAGCAGCAGUGAAGGAAAGUGGACUUGAAAGACAAAUUAUCCAAAUGCAGUUUUACGUUCUUUUGAAAUACAUACAUGUUCUUCGGUGAAAUCUGGGGAAACAAUAUUAAGGUGCUCAGGGAUAGAUACGGUGUUUGAGUUAAGACAUUAUCAUUGGCCAAUCCAGAUCUGUUGAUUUCCUUUCAUUCUCUCUACCAGGACUGUUUACAUACCUCUAUAGAAUGUAUUGAUUUAAUUGACUCGUAUCAAAAAUCUACAAAGCAUGGGUGAAAUUAAACUAAGCCCUCCUUUUUGACAUCAGUAUUGACAAAUGCCUCUGUACGUUAUGGUAUGAGUAAUGAUCUUAUGGGAUGUGCAGUUACCCUUCUAGGGUACACAGCCUUCCUUCAAGUUUUGAAUGGGCCAUCUGAAACGUUUGCUGAAAAUGUUACAUUUAAAUGUUUUGAUAAAUGCAUACUACUUCUGAUAAUGCAGUAAUUAUAUACAUUAAUGUUUACAUUCCCAAAGUUUAUCCACAUUUGUAUGUUGGAGAGUUUCUUUCUGCUCUUGAAGGAGUUGCAUACACAAUCUGUUAGACAAAGCCAUCCCUGUAAAAGCUGGAUUAGCAGCAGUUGACUUGUUAACACCUAUUUUUUUUUUUUUUU